GCUAUUUCCUUUACAUUUGGAGCUAUUGUUUUAAUAUUCGUUUUGUCUUCUCCAGCGGCCACUGGAUUCGCCUCAGAAGUAGCUGCCGCAGCUUCUCUCUGCUUCCAUAUUGUCAUCAAACUUCUUUUAUGGAAGUUCAAGCAAGACAUUGUGUGCUUAUCAUCAAAACUCCAAACUCCACUCUACUUCUCUAAUGGGUGCAGAGCACUAUCCUCCUCCUUGGUUCAGUGUUGCCCCCAUGAUGGAAUGGACCGAUAACCAUUACAGAACUUUGGCCCGUCUUAUCUCAAAAAAGGCGUGGCUCUACUCAGAAAUGCUUGCUGCCGAAACUAUUGUCUACCAGACUGGCAAUUUGGAUAGAUUCUUGGCAUAUGGCCCUGAGCAACAUCCUAUAGUGCUUCAAAUUGGGGGAAAUAAUUUGGAGAACUUGGCCAAAGCGACACAACUGGCAACUCCAUAUGGCUAUGAUGAAAUUAAUUUUAAUUGUGGAUGUCCUAGCCCCAGAGUAGCUGGACAUGGAUGUUUUGGUGUGCGCCUCAUGCUUGAUCCAAAGUUUGUUGCUGAGGCCAUGUGCGUAAUUGCUGCAAAUACAAAUGUUCCCGUGAGUGUCAAAUGCAGAAUUGGACUUGAUGACCAUGACUCAUACAAUGAACUAUGUGAUUUUAUUUACAAGGUUUCUUCUCAGUCACCAACUCGUCAUUUUAUUAUACACUCGCGGAAGGCAUUACUUAAUGGAAUCAGCCCAGCAGAUAAUCGAAGAAUUCCCCCACUCAAGUAUGAGUACUAUUAUGCGCUUUUGCGUGAUUUCCCUGAUCUACAGUUCACAAUAAAUGGAGGCAUAAAUUCUAUUGAUGAGGUUAAUGCAGCACGUAUGGAAGGAGCUCAUGGGGUUAUGCUGGGACGUGCAGCUUACAGCAAUCCAUGGCAGAUUCUAGGACGUGUUGACAGUGCUGUAUAUGGUGCACCUCUUCGUAGUAUAACCCGGCGCCAGGUUCUUGAGCAAUAUCAGGUCUAUGGUGACUCAGUCGUUAGAAUGUAUGGACUUAAGCCCCAUAUUCGGGAUGUUGUCAAGCCUCUGCUUGGUCUAUUUCAUGCAGAGCCUAGAAAUGUUGUGUGGAAGCGCAAGGUUGAUGCUGCUCUCCUGCGCUGCACGACAAUCAAAUCCAUUCUCGAGGAGACGUUAGGGGAAAUUCCAGACAGAGUCCUUGAUGCCCCCCUUACAGAAAUGCCCUCUGGUAGUAGUGAUACGUUCAUUAAGGCGAAGAGUUUGUUACCUCCACCAUACACAGUAAGUGAAGAAGAGUUACUGUAAGCUUAAAUAUACAUAUUUUUUCCCCUUUGUGUUUGUAUUCAAUGAAAUAUAUUCAUUCUUUCAGUAUUAUGUAUUUUAAGUGCCUCAUUUUUUGGGAGGCCAUCUAUCCCAAUGUAACCAGCUACAUGGCUUGUAAGAGUGAAAAUCUUACACUCACUGCUGCUCUGAACAAGAAGCAGGUGCUACUGAGUACUGACAUAUUUUUCUAAUUUUUUUCACUAUCUUUACAUAGGAAGAAUUUGAUAGGAAUAGUGAGAAGUUGAAUCCUUUAUCUAUUGUGUAAAAGAUUCAUGACUAAACUGGAAGCCUUGAUGUUAUUAGAUUCUUAGAAUUUCGUGCA